CUCCAGUCGGACUCAUUUACUGAACGGAACAACAAAAGGAUCUCAAAUAAUUUUUCUCAUCGCUACAGUUUGAAUAAUUGCACAGAUGGCGGAUGAUGAAGAUGAUUAUAUGUCUGACGCGUUCCUCAAUAAAAUUUCAGAUGUUCGUCCUGGUGUACCGAUGGCCAAACGUGUGAAGGAAGCUAUGAGAAAAGAAACACUACACAAAGAGAAGAACGCACAGAACCGGCAGAAGAGCUACAAAGAACAAGAGCGCGAGAGUCGUGAUGCAGCGCUGCAGAGCUCCAUUAGCACUGAAAAUAAAGGCUUUGCGUUACUGCAGAAGAUGGGCUAUAAAGCAGGACAAGGACUGGGCAGAGAAGGUGCUGGACGGGUCGAGCCGGUUCCUCUGAGCAUUAAAACAGACAGAGGAGGGAUUGGAAUGGAAGAAAUGAAGAAAAGAAAAGCUGAUGAGGAGCUUCAGAAUUACAGGAAGAAGGUGCAAAUGAAACAACAUAUGGAGAAGAAAUCGCUAGAGGAUUUCAGAGUGCGUAAGAGGACUGAAAGAGAGGAGCGUCAAACUCUGGGUGACCUGCGAAAAAGCCAACGGGCCUGUGAACAGCUCGACAGUCAGAAGGGAUUUACUGUUCCCAGGGACAUCUGGUACUGGCCUGAAGUAGUGAAAGAGGAAGAGGAAGAUGAGGAAGAGGAAGCAAAGUCUGAGGGAAGCGAGGAUGAGGAGGAACUGACACCUUUAGACAAGCUGCAGUUUCUCACCUCGUACUUGCGAGGAGUUCAUUUUUACUGUAUAUGGUGUGGGACGGCGUAUAAUGAUGAAGAGGAUUUGGGCUCAAAUUGUCCUGGUGACACAGCAUUAGAUCAUGAUGACUAGAGUAACCAGGAAUCAUCUGGAACACUGUCCUUUUUUUUUUUUUUUUAAAUGUAUGCUUCACUUUUUUUUUUUGCAAAGCUCUGUUUAAUAUUUAUGUUUUCUUAUUUGUCCUUUAAUAUGUUGUAUUGAAAUAAGAUAUUUUGAUUGUAA